AUGGCUACUGUCUAUGAAAGUUAUCAGCCUGAGGGGAAGUCGCCAUCUUUGAGCUCACCCAUCCCACGACAGACACCACCAAUAAUCAUUCCCUAUGGCAGCUAUCAGAAUGGAAGAAACAGAGAGCCAGGGCCUCUGCAUCAGCCUAAGGGGACGUCACCAUCAUCAGGCUCACCAGUUCCAGAAAAGACACCAUCAACAGCCAAUCCCUAUGGCAAAUGCCAGAACGGGAUGGACAGGGAGCCAGGCCCAAUCCAUGAGUCUGUGUGGAAGCAACCGGCAUUGGGUUACUGCAUAGAACGGCUUCGAUCACUGAUAGUUCCACCUCAUAGUUAUCAGGUGGGUGUGGAGAAAGAGCCAGGUCGUAUCCAUGAGCCUGUAUGGAACCAAGCACCAAUGGACUCCUCUGGAACACAACCAGUUCCACCCGUGGUCAUUCCACCACACAGGUGUCGGAAGUGGGUGGAUACACCUCUGGGCCCUCUCCACGAGCCCAUCUGGACUCAACCAUCCUUGGGUUCUUCCCUCUUCCUGCAGGCUCCAGCAGUGCCCAUUGACUUUGGCAGUUCUCACAACUGGAAACGGACACAGUACAGCCACCUCUAUGCACCAGGCUCCUCACAACCAGGACAGACUCCAUCAAUUGCUUCUGUAUCUGGCAGCUGUCAGAAGGGGAAGGAAAGAGCAUUAG